AUGCCUGCCUUAGCCCCAACGGAGAUUGCCAGGGCACUCGAAAUACGAAGAAAUGGUCAAACAUACAGAGUGAUAUCCAGAGAUCUUCAUCGACCAGUUUCAACGAUCCAUCGCAGUAUCCAACGGUUCAGGGAGACCGGUACUUAUGCGAGAAGAGCAGGACAAGGCAGAAAAAGACGCACUUCGAGUAGGCAUGAUCGUUUCAUUCGGCUUCGUGUACAUAGGUACCCCCGUUUGACGGCCGUCCAAGCCCGACAUGAGUUAGAAGCAGUGCGGGGUGUAACCGUAAGUGAGCGUACGGUACGAAGAAGGUUCGAAGAAGCUGGUUUGGGUUCAUUUGUUCCCGCCAAGGCUCCAAGGCUCGAGGUAAAUCAUCGUAGAAACAGGUUAACUUUUACUCAGGAACAUCUACUUUGGAACGCGAACCAAUGGAGUAAGGUAUUGUUUAGUGACGAGUGCAGAAUUCUCUUAAAUCAAAUUGACGGCAGGCAAAGAAUAUAUAGGCGCAAAGGAGGACGAUACAUUCAGACAAAUUUUGAAACUACAGUUGCAUACGGUGGUGGUGGUUUGGGAGCUCGCACAGACUUGGUAGUGAUUGUCAGAGGGAGUCUGACUGCAGACCGCUAUAUCAGAGAAGUUUUAGAAGAAAAUGUCGUACCGUUUGCCCCAUAUAUCGGUGACGAUUUUGUUUUUAUGCAGGAUAAUGCUCGGCCGCAUACCGCUCGGGUAACUCAAGCUUAUCUUAAUGAUAUUAAUAUCACUGUUAUGGAGUGGCCGGCGAGAUCACCGGAUAAGAACCCAAUAGAGCACGUUUGGGACUUGCUGAAAAGAAAAAUUAAGUCCAGAAUUCCAGCUCCUGUCAACGUGGGCGAACUGCGAAUCGCCGUAGUUGAGGAAUGGCUUAGACUAUCCCAGGAAACCAUCGAUAACAUCAUUCUCAGUAUGCCCAGACGGGUAAAAACUUUAAUACAAGCACGUGGAGGAAAUAUGCGAUAUUAA